AUGUAUAAAAUGUCAAAACUUCUGAUCGCAGUGGAAACAGGAAAUUUUCAUGAAGUAAAACGGUUAGUUGAUCAUGGUGCUGAUGUGAACGGUCUAGAUUAUUACGAUUGGAGAAUUCAUCCUGUUGGUACCGCUCUUCGCUCUGCAGUAUCAUCUGGUUCACUGGAAAUUGUCAAAUAUUUAGUUGAACAUGGUGCUCAUGUAAAUUGUAAAAAUGAUCGUGUUGGUAGUCCUCUUCACUCUGCAGUAUCAUCUGGUUCACUAGAAAUUGUCAAAUAUUUAGUUGAACAUGGUGCUCAUGUAAAUUGUAAAAAUGAUCGUGUUGGUAGUCCUCUUCACUCUGCAGUAUCAUCUAGUUCACUAGAAAUUGUCAAAUAUUUAGUUGAACAUGGUGCUGAUGUAAAUUUUUGUUUCUCUAACGUUGGUACCGCUCUUCACUCUGCAGUAUCAUCUGGUUUACUGGAAAUUGUAAAAUAUUUAAUUGAACGUGGUGCUCAUGUAAAUUUUAGUUUCUCUGACGUUGGUACCGCUCUUCACUCUGCAGCAUCAUCUGUUUCACUGGAAAUUGUCAAAUAUUUAGUUGAACAUGAUGCGGAUGUAAAUUGCGAAAAUCUUCGCGUUGGUAGUCCUCUUCACUCUGCAGUAUCAUCUGGUUCACUGGAAAUUGUCAAAUAUUUAGUUGAACAUGGUGCUCAUGUAAAUUGUAAAAAUGAUCGUGUUGGUAGUCCUCUUCACUUUGCAGUAUCAUCUAGUUCACUAGAAAUUGUCAAGUAUUUAGUUGAACAUGGUGCUGCUGUAAAUUUUUGUUUCUCUAACGUUGGUACCGCUCUUCACUCUGCAGCAUCAUCUGUUUCACUGGAAAUUGUCAAAUAUUUAGUUGAACAUGAUGCGGAUGUAAAUUGCGAAAAUCUUCGCGUUGGUAGUCCUCUUCACUCUGCAGUAUCAUCUGGUUCACUGGAAAUUGUCAAAUAUUUAGUUGAACAUGGUGCUCAUGUAAAUUGUAAAAAUGAUCGUGUUGGUAGUCCUCUUCAGUCUGCAGUAUCAUCUAGUUCACUAGAAAUUGUCAAAUAUUUAGUUGAACAUGGUGCUGAUGUAAAUGUUUGUUUCUCUAACGUUGGUACCGCUCUUCACUCUGCAGCAUCAUCUGUUUCACUGGAAAUUGUCAAAUAUUUAGUUGAACAUGAUGCGGAUGUAAAUUGCGAAAAUCUUCGCGUUGGUAGUCCUCUUCACUCUGCAGUAUCAUCUGGUUCACUGGAAAUUGUCAAAUAUUUAGUUGAACAUGGUGCUCAUGUAAAUUGUAAAAAUGAUCGUGUUGGUAGUCCUCUUCACUCUGCAGUAUCAUCUAGUUCACUAGAAAUUGUCAAAUAUUUAGUUGAACAUGGUGCUGAUGUAAAUUUUUGUUUCUCUAACGUUGGUACCGCUCUUCACUCUGCAGCAUCAUCUGUUUCACUGGAAAUUGUCAAAUAUUUAGUUGAACAUGAUGCGGAUGUAAAUUUUAGUUCCUAUAACGUUGGUACCGCUCUUCACUCUGCAGUAUCAUCUGGUUCACUGGAAAUUGCCAAAUAUUUAGUUGAACAUGGUGCGGAUGUAAAUUUCGAAAAUCUUCGCGUUGGUAGUCCUCUUCACUCUGCAGUAUCAUCUGGUUCACUGGAAAUUGUCAAAUAUUUAGUUGAACAUGGUGCUGCUGUAAAUUUUAGUUCCUCUAACGUUGGUACCGCUCUUCACUCUGCAGUAUCAUCUGGUUCACUGGAAAUUGCCAAAUAUUUAGUUGAACAUGGUGCUCAUGUAAAUUGUAAAAAUGAUUAUGUUGGUAGUCCUCUUCACUCUGCAGUAUCAUCUAGUUCACUAGAAAUUGUCAAAUAUUUAGUUGAACAUGGUGCUGAUGUAAAUUGUGAAAAUCGUCGCUUUGGAAGUCCUCUUCACUCUGCAGCAUCAUCUGUUUCACUGGAAAUUGUCAAAUAUUUAGUUGAACAUGGUGCUGAUGUAAAUUGUGAAAAUCGUCGCGUUGGUAGGCCUGUUCACUCUGCAGUAUCAUCUGGUUCACUGGAAAUUAUCAAAUAUUUAGUUGAUCAUGCUGCUGAUGUAAAUCCUGAAUCCCUUGUCUUGGGUACUACUCUUCACAUUGCAACAUUAUCUGGUUCACUCGAAAUUGUCAAAUAUUUAGUUGAACAUGGUGCUGAUGUAAACUGGGAAAGCACGUGGUAUAAACCUGUGAUUCACAAUGCUGUUAAGCUUGGUUCAUUGGAAAUGGUUAAAUACUUAGUUGAACAUGGUGCUGAACUAACAAAUGAAGACAUGCCCAAAAUUCUAGAUCUGGCUUGUGAAGGUGGAAAUGUGUCAGUUGUUAACUACCUUCUCCAAAAUGGAGCGAUUAAAGACCUGAAUAACUGGAAAUUGAAAUCUCCCUUACGUAUAGCAUGCGAGAAUGGUCAUACCGCCGUAGUUCGAACAUUACUGAAAUAUAACGUUGAUAUACGAAAAGAGGAGGAACCAUUACUAUGUGGCAAUAAUGAGAUCAUAAAUAUUUUGAAUGUGGAAUUAAAGAAGUCCUUUAAACAUCGCGAAAAAAUUAAGAUUUUGAAAGGAAUAGACAACGUGACAAAG